UAGGUGAAAAUCAUCGAGACAUUUGUCAAACACAUCUACUGACAAUCUUCAACUUCUCGUUCUGUUCAUUCACCAACACAUAAGUAGGAAAUCAUGAACUGGGGUGCUCUACAGGCGCUCCUUUACGGAGUUAACAAAUACUCCACUGCCUUUGGCCGGGUCUGGCUCUCUAUGGUGUUCAUCUUCCGGGUCAUGGUGUUUGUGGUGGCGGCUCAGCGUGUCUGGGGGGACGAAAACAAAGACUUUGUCUGCAACACUGCCCAGCCAGGCUGUGUCAAUGUUUGUUACGACCACUUUUUCCCCAUUUCACACAUCCGCCUCUGGGCCCUGCAGCUCAUUUUUGUCACAUGCCCAUCGCUCAUGGUCACAGGUCAUGUCAAAUACAGGGAGAUGAAGGAUUUGAAGUACACUAAACUACACGAGGGGAAGCACAUGUACGCCCACCCUGGAAAGAAACGUGGAGGGCUUUGGUGGACAUACCUGCUGAGCCUUAUCUUCAAGGCUGGCUUUGAUGCUGGCUUCCUCUACGUCCUGUACUACAUCUACGAGGGUUAUGACAUGCCACGCUUGACCAAGUGCUCCCUGUUCCCCUGCCCUAAUACAGUGGAUUGCUACAUAUCCCGACCCACAGAGAAAAAGAUCUUCACCCUCUUCAUGGUGGUCUCCUCUGCUGUCUGUAUCGUAAUGUGUAUCUGUGAGAUGAUCUACCUCAUCUUCAAACGUAUCAAAAAGUUUAUGAAGAAGAGGAAGGAGGCAGAAAUGAAGUUAUUUGCAGAGACUCAUGAGAUGAAACCACUCUCACGACCAAGGUCGCAAUACAAGUCCAAAACUAAAGAAAGAGUGGAUCCUACAGCUUCAAAUCAGAACAUCACCAACAGUAUAAUGGAAGAAAAGCCUCCUAUGGUGGAGGUCGACAACAAGGAGUCCGCGACCUCUAGCUUGCCCUCGGAGGAAAAAUCUUCAGUCAGUAUGGAUCCUACAGCAUCAAAUCAGAACAUCACCAACAGUAUAAUGGAAGAAAAGCCUCCUAUGGUGGAGGUCGACAACAAGGAGUCUGCGACCUCUAGGUUGUCCUUGGAUGCAAAAUCUUCACUCAGUGUGGAUCCCACAGCAUCAAAUCAGAACAUCACCAACAGUGUAGUGGAAGAAUAGUCUAGGGUGGCAGUCCUCAACAGGGAGUCCGCGACCUCUAGGGUGUAUUUGGAGGCAGUGAGGGGGUAGCAAUAAUGUUGGUUGAUUAGACAUUUGUUUUAUAUUCCCCCCUGCAAUUUUUUUCCACUAAUUGACGUGUCUUUAAAUCCACAUCAACAUGAAUUCAACACACUGUAGUAAACAGAUACAUGGAGGCAAAAGAUAUCUUUAAGUCAUCAAUGCACACAUUCAGUGACACACACAAACUGGACACCAUCUCAUUCACAACACCUGUCCCAUCAACGAGGAAUCAGAAUCAGAAAUACUUUAAUAAUCCCAGGGCGAAAUUACUUUGUUACAUGACUCCAUCUGUAAUAGAGUGACUAUAGGACCAGCUUGAUAUAAGACAAUUUCAUACAACAUAUAGAUAAUUAGGAGGUUCCCGCUUCAUCUCUCCAUCAGUUUGGGGGUCCUUGGCCUGGAAAUAAAAAAAAGACCCCUGUUAGGUACAACAAUUCCCAGCUACCUAUCCUGCUGAAAAUCAAGAAGUAAACUUUCAGAGCGUUAUUAACAAACUCCAUGAAGAGGAACACCAUUGCUUAAAGCGAUCUUUGAAAGUGGAUUUGGAAUCACCUCUAUCAGUUUAUCACAUAAACUGAUAUUCAAUACAAGCUCAAAAUGGACUAAUUCAAACAAUGAAGUCUACGGUGGAAAAAACUUUUGACUCGUAUGUUUAAAAAGAGUAUUAUGUUUAAGUGUCUUUAUUUCUGGUGAUCUGUAAAAGGCAAGCAUUUAGCUAGCAAUGAAUAAGGGAGUAUAUUGUAUGCCCUUUUAAUAAAAAAAGGCACAUUUUAAACCCUGUUUUUGAUAUGUACAGCUUUGUUACGCCCUAAUUUUCCCCCUGGAAACUUUGCUUAAAUGAUCAAAAUUUCACAAGCAGCAGAUCCUGAGUUGGAAAAAUUAAAUUUUUGUUGUUUGAUGCGCCGCGUCAAUCAAUCAGAGACGUUUAUCUAGGAAGUGGCAGGGAGAUGUACAGCGCUGCUGAUAGAGAUCGCUAUGAUUACUCCACUGAAACAGUUUAUUAAUGCCUACUGUAAAUUAACUUAAAAUAUCUAAGCCUGCCAGCAAAAUAUGUCUACUUCUAUUUGCCGAAAAGAGGCCACAUGGCCUGAGGCAGCUGCUGCUGGGGAUUCCCAGUGACAGCACAUCAUCAAUAUGUGAGGAUCAGAGAGCCUAAGACAGCAUAAUAUGUUAAGGCAAGAUCGUAAUCUUGGUGAACUGACUGCACAGACAAUGUUUUGAGGUGGACUUAAAACACUUAUUAAAACUAUUUUUUACCAGCUGAUCACAGCAAAUAUAGAAAAUCCACUCUGCUAUAGAACAAAGGAGCAGUAGAAGCAUCAGAUGCAUCUGUACACACUUUACUGGACACGAUUCAGGAAAAACAAAGAUCCUCUUUAGGCAUGUCUAACCUUAAUGUGUACAAGAAUCAAAAACCACCUCUAGCCAAGCUCGCAUACUUCACAAAAUCAUGACAAAUGUAGUGUGGUGAAAAGACAAAAAGUUUGCUGCAUUCCACCGCAAAAUGCAGGAAAUAGUGUUUUAGAGAGUUUAAAUUUCAAAUUUUUUUGGGGUAGGAUACCCCUGGACUGUGGAGGACCAACUCUGCCAUAUUUAAAAAUUAAUACAGAAAUAAAUAAAUGCUCAAUAGAUAAAUAAAUAAGCAUACAAUUAAUUGCCACCAAAAUACA